ACGUUUCGCAAGUGCGUUGGAUAUGGAGUUCUGAUAAGUUCUAACCGAGAUUUGAUUUCGAGUAUAAAAUACUGGGCCGCACUCUGGUCAUACGCAUAACCGUGUUUCUGUGUCAAACGUGUGCCAUGCGACCACACGGAGUUCCAUGCGCCUUUGCGCUGUCGAUCGCGACGGCGUUGCUUUUGGGAGCUACCACUGACGGUUUCGAAAUAAGGCACACCGACAACAAUGCUGAACAUAUCGCUGCUAGAAGACGGGCGAGCAACGAAAACAUAAGUCCUGACGAAAACAACAAGCAGUUUUGGUACGAUGCCGGAAACAAUCUUCUGCGGAAGAAAUUGAAUUCAGAAAGGCAGUACGGCGUGGCCAAGAACGUGAUUUUUUUCAUCGGCGAUGGCAUGUCAAUAGCCACUUUGGCCUCAGCCAGAAUUUACAUGGGGCAGAAGCAAAAUAAUACAGGGAGUGAAAAGGAAAUGUUGUCAUUUGAGAAGUUCCCGUUUACUGGUCUGUCGAAAACCUACUGCGUAGAUAGCCAGGUGGCCGACUCGGCUUGCUCGGCCACGGCGUAUCUGACGGGCGUAAAGGGCAACAUCGAGACCAUAGGCGUGUCCGGUGCCGUGUCCAACAGGGACUGCUUGGCCAGCAACGAACCUGCGAACCAAGCGGUGUCCAGCAUGCGGUGGGCUCAACGGGCCGGCAAGAGGACGGGCGUGGUGUCCAACAUGAGGGUGACUCACGCCACGCCGGCCGGCGCUUACGCCAAUGUGGCGCAACGUAACUGGGAAUGCGACGAUGACGUGUUUAUUGACGAAUUAGCCGACAAAUCGUGCACGACACAACCGGACAUCGCCCGUCAGCUGAUCGAGAGAGAAACGGGCCAAAACCUGAACGUUGUAAUGGGAGGUGGAAGGGCAAAAUUUUUUCCCAAUACUGAAAAAGAUCAACAAAACUUUAAUGGACAAAGACGUGACGGCAGAGAUUUGAUUAAGGAAUGGUUAAAUAUAAAUCGUACUUCUGGGGCAAGUAGUGCUUAUGUUACCGACCGAUCCCAAUUGAAGUCUGUGAAUACCAGCGAAACGGAUUAUCUUCUCGGUCUGUUUGCAUCCAGUCACAUGUCCUACAACUUAUUAGCCAAUAAGUCCCAGGAACCCACGUUGGUAGAAAUGACGGAGGCAGCCAUCGAGGUGCUGUCCAAAGGUGACGCCGGUUACUAUCUGUUCGUCGAGGGCGGACUUAUCGACUGGGCGCACCACAGUAACAUGGCGCAGCUGGCUCUCGAUGAGGCUGUAAUGUUGUCGAAGGCAGUGGGACGGGCUGCCGAGUUGACGUCCCGGGAAGACACUCUGAUCGUAGUUACGUCCGACCACUCGCAUACCAUGACCAUAAACGGUUACCCGCACCGCGGUAGCGACAUUCUGGGACACCCAAUGAUCGCCCUUCCCGAUCAAAUGCCAUACUCGACGCUCAGCUACGCCAACGGUCCGUCUUACAAAGCACGGUACAAUUUGAGCAACGACAAAACGGAUGAUCCCCAAUACGAGUUCCCGUCGAUGGUAAACUUAACGUGGGAGACGCACGGCGGUGACGACGUGGCGGUAUUCGCUUCAGGCCCAUGGGCCCACCUGUUCGUUGGCAACUACGAACAGAACUACAUACCACACGCGAUAAGCUACGCAGCCCAAAUGGGGCCUGGGGCUGAACUCGAACGGAAACACGUGGCUGAUUCGUCUAGCGUGAAGAUUUUGGUCAGUUCGUCGCUGGCUGUAUUCACGGCACUCGUCGCGCUUCUACUCCGGUAACCGCGAUCACCAGUAUAAAUAAAUUAUGGUAUAAUACUGAUGAUCAGUGGACUUGCGACUUGACACGCCCUGCUGCAAUGGCUUAUUCAAUUUAUUUAUACAUAUUUUUUUUUUUUGUGGGGGGAAGCGGGGUUAUUAUGCAAAUAUGAUAUUAUAGGGUACUGUACCAUAAUUUGUUUUUCUAUGGAGCACGGAUAUUAUUUCUUAGUUGUUAAAUUAAACUUAGAUGUAAAUUAAAUAUAAAAUGUAUAAUAUUAUAUAUUAUAUUAUCGGAACAUAAAAUAUCAUAUUAUUGUAAUAUUAUGAACACCGAUAAUAUGUUAUUAUUGAGUUCAUUUGGUUUUAUAGUAGAUACUAAAUAUAUAAUAUAUUUCUGACAUAA